UUCCAGAAUUAGUUUCGUUUCAAGUUAUCUUCGGUUAUUCAUCAUGUCUAUUAUGAGCUAUAGUGGUGGUACUAUUUUGGCAAUGGCGGGAAAUGAUUGUGUUUGCAUUGCUUCUGAUUUACGACUUGGUGAGCAAAUGACCACAAUUGCUACGAAUAUGAAGAAGGUGCAUAAAUUGGGCGAAAAAGUUUAUAUCGGUUUAGGUGGAUUUCAUUCAGAUGCUAAAACAGUUCUUGACAAAAUCACUUUUCGGAAGAAUCUAUAUGAAUUAAGAGAGAAUCGGAAGAUAAAACCCGAGGUAGCAGCUGUGAUGGUAUCGAAUCUGUUAUAUCAACAUCGAUUUGGUGGUUAUUUUACAGAACCAUUGAUAGCAGGGCUCGACCCGACGACUAAUAAACCUUAUAUUUGUGCCAUGGACACUAUAGGUUGCAUCUCUGCUCCCAACGACUUUGUUGCCGUGGGAACGGGGACUGAAUAUUUAUUAGGCGUCUGUGAAGGGUUCUGGAAAGAAGGUAUGAAUUCUGACGAGUUAUUUGAAGCAACAGCGCAGUCAAUGCUAUCUGCAAUGGAACGUGAUGCCGCUUCCGGUUGGGGUGUGAUCGUUUAUACAAUAACUAAAGAUAAAGUUAAUGUAAAAACAAUCAAAGCUAGGAUGGACUAAAGCUGCAGAAAGACUGUCCAAUUCCCCUUAACUUGCAUCCAAGUUUUUUUGAAAAUUUGUGAUGCUCCAUGGAUUUUUUUAUUGUCUUUAAUAAUAACGGCUAAUGCCACACUGCAGAAGUACACAUGGACUUCUUGAAAACAGCUCACAUCAGCCAAAAGUUGGCAAAUCAGGC